AUGCCAUUAGCGCGACUUCUCAAUCUCCAUAAAGAAGACUACACCACCAUCUUCUCUGAUCUCGUUCGUCAAAGAAUUGUUGGACGAAUGGAAGUUUAUAGUGAUAGAAUUCAGAAAUCUCUUUCUCUUGCACUUGAUGAGCUGAUUGGUGAUUGUAAAGAACCUAAACUUAUUUCCAAUCCUUUGGAUUUAUCUCGAGAAAUUAUCGCGAGAUCAGUCGCAACUAUUUAUGUGGGAGAGGAACUAUGCCACGAUAAAGAAAUCAUAAGAACAUUCAAAAAUUUUGCGGGAGAUGUUACCAAACGUGUUCGUACUCCUCCAUUCCUGUCGUUUAUUCAUCCAUGGCUCAGCAAGAAACUUUUCAUAAUGCAGUUCAAAUUCGGUGAUAAUGCAGUCAGAAACCAUAGAUCUCUAUUAAUUAGUCGCAUUAAGCCAACUAUAGAAAAACGACUAAAAGACCAAAUCAACUUUGGCGAAUCUUAUCAGAAACCUAAUGAUCUGAUUCAAGAUUUGAUUGAUCAUGCUCAAAAAGACCAACAAAAAGUUGAUUGUGAUCGAAUGGUUUCUUAUAUUUUGAUACUUGUAUGGACAGCAAUUCACACUACCAGCCACAAUUUCUUUAAUGCAUUACAAGAAUAUGCAACACGACCAGAAUACUGGGAUGAAUUAUUGGAAGAACAGCAACAAGUAAUUGCCGGUAAUAAUAGUGACAAGUUUGAAUUGUUGGCGAAAAUGCGUAGGCUGGAUAGUUUCAUUAAGGAAUCCAUGAGAACUUAUGGCAAUACUGUUGGGUUAACUCAUCAGACGAUGACUUCCGAAUUCACAUUUUCUAACGGAUAUCAAGUUCCUGAAGGACGCGGAGUCGGGAUAUAUGUUGAAUCCAUAUACCACAACAAAGUACUACAAGGUGCUGAUGCGACAGAAUUCAACGGACGUAGGUACCUUGAAAAGAAUUCUUCCGCUUCACAAAUCGGUCGUGAUUUUCUAGUUUUUGGACUUGGACGACAUGCUUGCCCAGGAAGGUUUCUUGCAGUAAAUGAAAUCAAAUUUUUGCUGUCCGAAAUUAUUUUACGAUAUAAAAUUACUCCGAUAAAUUCACCGAGAAAAAAGAAAAUUAUUAAAGCAGGAUUUGUGAUACCUAAUAAUGCUGAGGAAUUGAUAUUCGAAAAAC